UGUUGUUGUGAAGACCGGCAACCGAAUGGAGCUCGAGCAAGAGAUGAUCUCCGCCCUACGGCAGUCAGUUCCUGACGGACUCAAGCUGCGCAACACACUCAGCACCGAUAGACAGAAGCCACGAAAGUACCGUGUAGUGCUGUGCGGGAAGAUCGCGAGAUGGGGCGGACGACGUGACGACGCCAGACGACCCUCUGGAUCGUUGGGGAGGGCUGCCCAGCGGGCGCGGGCGUUGACACUGCGCCAAGAGCUACAGGACGCCGUUCCUGGGGCGUUCAACCUGUCUGCCAGCAGCCUGGAAGAAGUCGUGCGGGCUUGGAUAGAGUUCAAACCUGAGUGGGCCGAGGACGCGAAGGAGAAAUAUCUGAACAAGGGCACGUACAAUACAUCUCAAGCCGCGAAGAAGAUUAGGCGUGCGAAAGGGGCGGAGAUGAGAACCCAGUUGCUCGCGGCAGCGGCGGACGAGUUUCGCGCUGAGAGUGUCGAGACGCUCGACCUCGUCGUGAAGGAUGCGGUGAAGUCGAUCAGCGCAGCAGCAGAGAUGGAAGAUGACACCAACGCGGCAGAGAGCGUUUUGUCCAACUACAUGCUGGCGCACAUGGUCCAGGUGGCCAUGACAUUGAUCCAGCUGUACACCCAGCAGCUCAACGGGGUCGACCGGGAGGAUACACUGGCCAUCGCAGCAGAGGUUGGACGGAGGAGUGUUCCAACAGUACAGCUGGGAGAGCGGGAUUUCAUCGCGCGCGGACGCAUCAAGCCACCUGACACAGGUCGCUUCAAGCGCCGGUUUUUACUAGNCAUGACAUUGAUCCAGCUGUACACCCAGCAGCUCAACGGGGUCGACCGGGAGGAUACACUGGCCAUCGCAGCAGAGGUUGGACGGAGGAGUGUUCCAACAGUACAGCUGGGAGAGCGGGAUUUCAUCGCGCGCGGACGCAUCAAGCCACCUGACACAGGUCGCUUCAAGCGCCGGUUUUUACUAGAACUCGACGAAGGCGUCUCGAGGCUCGCGAAAGGCUGGGCGCUCGAGAACUGCGGUAUACUCAGCGGGCAAGCCAACAAGACGGCGGGGGAUUCCCGCAAGUGGGUGAACAGCACCAUCAUGCCGAUGCUGGAGGCGCAACCCACGGAGGACUUCGACCCUUUCCAUGGAUUGAGAAUAAACCUGGGUCUAUUCUUCGAUGGCCACGACGACGAGAAGACCCUAGCGUACCGGCACGACGAGUUCCUGCCGGCGCUGUUAGAGACCCGCGACUACAUGGAGGUGUGGAUUCCAAUGGGCAAAGAGGAAGCGGUCGCCUGGGGCAUUGAUGUUGAUGCGGUGGGGGAGUCUGAGCGCUUGCCAGAUUGUGGUGUCUGGGUUGGUGUCGAUGAUCUCGAGGCAGCGCUGGCAGACUUGCCCGCAGACCUGCAAGCCAGAGUGCAGAGCAAGAAAACCUACCCCGAAGGGAGGCGGGCCAUGCUUCUCUACCAGGACGAAAGCAUAUUUCGAGCCAACGACGACCAGAGUGUCGGGGACGAUCAUCCACAACCUCGGCUUCUUCUCGGCAUGGUGGGAACAGAUCAAGGAGGCGGAGCGCAACCGCAGGAAACGAUGCGCUGCCUCAGUUGCCGCGAAGCGGCGGGGGGAAACGUGAAAGUCGAGAAGUUCCGCCCUAUCGACAUGCUGCACAAAGACGAGCACGGACGGUACUGGUCCUACCACCUCUUCGAGUACGGCAAGAACAAGGAGGGAUACUUGACCGGGCUCAAGAUGCUGGACCACAUGGCAGAUGUGCUCGACGUGUUCACAGUUCUCUACCCUGAGCACAAGCCUGUAGGCCUGUUCGACUGGUCGUCCUGUCAUGAUUGCAUGGAGGCCGGCGCACCGUCGGUGAAGAGAAUGGACUUGGGCGUCGGUGGUGUGAGGAACGGAGAAGAGCUUGCGCCGAUGGACCCCGUGACCAUCCUCGAAGACACCCCGAACCUCCCAGCGGGCACGAUACAGCACUUGACGUUCCGGAGGGGAGACGCCCCCCCCUUCCAUUCCCCGCAUCUCCGGCCGGCCGAGUAUGUCGGAAAGCUGAAAGGAAUGCGGCAGAUCUUGUGUGAGAGGGGGCUCCUGGUCAAAGGCAUGAGUAAGACCGGGGGCUCAGGCGACAAGAAGGACCUCAGCAAGAGCAUGGAGCACGUUCUAGGAGAGCAGAAAGACUUUAAGGAAGUUGAUUCUUGUCUGGUGCUAUUAUUGCAGCGCCACGGGGGGGCCUGUCUCAUGCUUCCUAAGUACCACUGCGAGUGUAACCCCAUCGAACUUGUUUGGGGACGGGCGAAGGACUGGACUUGCAAGAAUUGCACGUAUUCGUUGGAAUGCUUGCGCAAUAACGUGCCGCUAAGGUUCAGAGCAGAGAAGGGUAGGCAGGCUGUUCCGGUAGUCCAGGGCUAA